UCAAACUCAUUCCACAGUUUACACGUAAAAAACGUGUAUUAAGAAACAAAAAAUUUAAUAUCUUCAUUUUUCAAUCUGUUUACUAUUCAUAAGCACUCCAAUUAUAUUUUAAAAGUACUGUCGAGGUAUUUUAAAUGGAAUAGCUUAUUCAAAAUGACAAGUUUUCAUAAAAAGUCUCUCUCUCUUUCAAGUAUUAAUGGAACAAAAUUAAAAAAUAACCUUCCUUAUAUCUCAAGUGGUAUACCAUCAUUAGAUUUUAUUAUUGGAGGAGGAUUACCUGUCGGCGGUAUUUUUCUUGUAGAAGAAGAUGUUCUAGGCAGUUAUAGUCGCGUUCUAACAAAAUACUUUCUUGCUGAAGGUGUUGUGUGUAAGCAUGACCUGUUUAUUGCAUCAGCUGACGAAAAUACAGAAGAAAUAGUCAAAGAACUGCCUCAAGUGUGCACAGUACCUUCUGAUGAGAAAGUCAAUGAAUUAUCAAGUAGUGAGAUGAAAAUUGCAUGGAGAUAUGAGGGACUUGGUCAAGUGGAAUCUUCAUUUGGUAGUAAUGCAAACUUUGGUCACAACUUCGAUCUGAGCAGACACAUCGGCAUUGAUACAAUAAACAAUUGUAAUAUCACACAUUGUAGGCUUGAACAAAAUGAAAAUAAUUUAAAUAGCUUUAAAAAUGAUCUUUACUAUACCCUUUUAAUAAAAAUUAAGGAGGGCCUCAUAAAAGAAGAGUAUAACAUUAAUAGUAAAAAUAAAAAUAUUCUCCGUGUAUGCAUUCAAUCACUGGGGUCACCUGUAUGGAUGGCAAUGGAUUGUGACCAUGAUACAAACAUUACUUAUGGACAAGAUCUUUUAAAAUUUGUAUACUGUUUAAGAGUCCUACUCCGCAGUACAAAUGCAGUAGGGUUUAUUACAGUUCCUUCACACUUAUUUGAUGAUGAUCGCAUCAUGAAAAGACUUUUGUAUUCAGUUGAUAAUGCAGUAAGAAUAGAAUCAUUUGCUGGAUCAAGCAAAGAAACAAAUCCUGUAUACAAUGAGUAUCAUGGUCUUUUUCACAUAACAAAGUUGUCUGCUGUUCAUUCGCUGGUCCCCUUUAUACCACCAAGUCUAGACCUAGCUUUCAAAUUGAGAAGGAAGAAAUUUGUCAUAGAAAAACUGCAUUUACCACCAGAACUUCAAGAAUCAAGUGAGCGUGAACAAGAUGAUAUAACAGCAAUUCCUAAGACAUGUGGUGGAUUUAAGAAAAAGGAUAUCGAUUUUUAAAAACUAUAUUGUUACAAUUUUAAAACUAAUUAAUACAUAUAUUUUUCA